CGCAGCAAGCUGGCCUGAUCAGUCGUUGGUGUUGUGUGAUCCGAAGAAGUCUUUCGCGAAAUUCGAGAUCAAUCCAAGACGUACCAUCGACCAAGUUUUACUCGUAGAUACUUACUCGUAGAUACUUAUCUCCAAGAACGAAGAAAUCGAAAGCGUGGAGUAUCUUACGCGAGUUUCAUUAAAUCUAUCCGGUUUCAAGUGAUAUUUGUUCAAUAAUUAGCAGAGAUUAGUGGGUAUUUUCGGAGAUAGUUGGUGAUUAGCGCUCGAUUAUCCAAGAUGUGCACCGAAGGUGUACAACAGCGGAAAAACCGUGCACUCGUUAUUGGAUUACUUUUCACAGUAAUUAGUCUGUUCGCCACCGCUCAUGGUCAAAAGGACGACGGCGAAUUUGAAUGUCCCUCAGCAGUUGGUAAUGGAAACUAUGCCGAUCCAAAAACAUGUCGUCGCUUUUACCAAUGUGUGGAUGGUUACCCAUAUAUAAAUCGAUGUCCCUCUGGAUUAUACUUUGACGACAUCAGCAAGUUUUGUACAUUCAAGGCAGAAGCUAGAUGUGGACCGAUAGCAGCCACUGCGGCUCCCGUCACUGAUGCUCCACAGGACCUCGCUCUGAAAUGUGAUACAUCGAAAUGUGAACUGCCGUAUUGCUUCUGUUCAAAAGAUGCGACUGUAGUGCCUGGAGGACUUGAUCCAGAAGAUAUUCCACAAAUUGUGAUGCUGACAUUCGAUGGAGCCGUGAAUCUAAAUAAUUAUGACCAUUACAAGAAGGUAUUCAAUGGAAAGAGGAAAAAUCCAAAUGGAUGCGCCAUUAAGGGGACCUUCUUUAUCUCACAUGAGUACAGCAACUACCAGCAAAUCCAAACACUGGCUUUCGAAGGACAUGAAAUCGCCACAGAAACAAUAUCACUCCAGACUGGACUACAAGAUAAAGGAUACGAAGAGUGGGUUGGCGAAAUGAUUGGCAUGCGGGAGAUUUUAAAGCACUUCUCCAAUAUUUCAAGCAGUGAAGUCGUGGGCAUGAGAGCACCUUUCCUGAAACCAGGACGUAAUACCCAGUACAAGGUUAUCGAAGACUUCGGAUACAUUUAUGAUAGUUCUGUAACGGUUCCACCAGUAAAUGUUCCCGUUUGGCCAUACACUCUCGACUAUAAAAUCUCGCAUGAAUGCAAGAGCGGAACAUGUCCGACAAGACGUUUCCCGGGUGUCUGGGAAGUUCCACUGAAUGCACAUUACAUCGAAGGAUACGAGGGCGGACAUUGUCCGUAUUUGGAUCAAUGCGUUCUACACAAUUUAGAUUCCGAGGAAGUUUUAGAGUGGCUACAGGAGGACUUUGCGCGACACUACGAACAAAAUAAGGCUCCAUAUAUGAUGCCAUUCCACACUAAUUGGUUCCAAAUCAAGGAGUUGGAGCAAGGACUUCAUAAGUUCCUUGAUUGGAUGUUGACGUUACCUGACGUCUACGUCGUAACGGUCACCCAGGCACUAGGCUGGAUGACGGAUCCACACGAGACCCGAAAUGUUAACAAUCUGGAUGCGUGGGAUUGCAAGAAACAAGUGCCAUCCACAUCAAAACCAUGCUCCAAUAGUAUAUCAUGUGCACUUGCCUUCAAGGUUCCUGAAGCCAACAUCACGGAUACACGUUACAUGGAAACUUGUGCUGAAUGUCCUAAUCAGUAUCCAUGGCUGGGCGAUGCCGAAGGAACAGGCAUUUCCGGCCGGGACAAUUACAUUUAUUCCGGAUCGCCCUCCGGACAACAACAACAAGAUCCACCGGAAAGUGAAGAAUAAAGUCAACGUGUCCGGGAUGCUGUCGGUCGGCCAACGGACAAUGUGUCCGAAGCCGGUCGGCAUCCUGACAGGCACAAGUAGCUCCUUUACACCGUGUUGAAAAUUUUCACGCAAAAAGGACAUUUGUGCCGGGAUAUGUUUUCUUUGUUGCUCAUAUUGUUGUUGUUGUGAGUUCUAGAGGCGACGAUGCGUAAAUUGAUUCAAUUUUAUUAUUAUAUUUUUCUUUUGUAAAUUAAAAAUGUCUGCCAAUGUGAAAACAUGUGAAUGUCAGUAGAUUCCAUUUUUCCUUUCCUUUGAAUAUUGAAUUUUUGAUUUUUUUUUAAAUUUAGUUAUGUAUAUUUCCUGCUCAAAAUCUUUUUGUACGAUUGCACACAGACUAGUGUAAGAUAAAAUAUUAGAAAUAAAUUUAUAGUAAAAUA